GGCGGCGGCGGCUCGGGGGGCCGGGGCCUUUUGUCUGGAGCGGCUGCGGGAGGCCCCGGAGCGGCGAGGCCGGCGGCCUUCCCCAGCUCGCUCGGUCCCGGUCGUCCCUCGCUGGGGUGGGGGGGCCCCUCCUGGGCCGGGCCCUGCCUCUGGCGCCGCCGCCGCCCCGCCCUAAGCCCGCCCCACCCGGCCUGAGGGGAGGAACCGGUCGGGCCUCCCCGCGCGGCCCAGCCGCCUCCGGAGUCGCCGCCGCUGCCGUCCGUGCGCCGGACCGAGGCUGCCCCUCGCCCCUCAGGCCGACGCCAUGAAGAUCAAGGAUGCCAAGAAACCCUCCUUCCCGUGGUUUGGCAUGGACAUUGGGGGAACUCUAGUAAAACUCGCAUAUUUUGAACCUAUUGAUAUCACAGCAGAGGAGGAACAAGAAGAAGUUGAGAGCUUAAAAAGCAUCCGGAAGUAUUUGACUUCUAAUGUAGCCUAUGGAUCCACUGGUAUUCGGGAUGUACACCUAGAACUGAAGGAUUUAACACUUUUGGGCCGAAGAGGGAACUUGCACUUUAUCAGAUUUCCAACCCAGGACCUGCCUACUUUUAUCCAAAUGGGAAGAGAUAAAAACUUCUCAACAUUACACACGGUGCUAUGUGCUACAGGAGGCGGUGCUUACAAGUUUGAAAAAGAUUUUCGCACAAUUGGAAACCUCCACCUGCACAAACUGGAUGAACUUGACUGCCUUGUAAAGGGCUUGCUGUAUAUAGAUUCUGUCAGUUUCAAUGGACAAGCAGAGUGCUAUUAUUUUGCUAAUGCCUCAGAACCUGAGCGAUGCCAAAAGAUGCCUUUUAACCUGGAUGAUCCAUAUCCACUGCUGGUAGUGAAUAUUGGUUCAGGAGUCAGUAUUUUAGCAGUCCAUUCCAAAGACAACUAUAAACGAGUAACUGGGACAAGCCUUGGAGGGGGUACCUUUCUGGGUUUAUGCAGUUUAUUGACUGGCUGUGAAAGUUUUGAAGAGGCUCUUGAAAUGGCAUCCAAAGGAGACAGCACCCAAGCUGACAAGCUGGUCCGUGAUAUUUAUGGAGGAGAUUAUGAAAGAUUUGGUCUGCCAGGCUGGGCUGUAGCAUCUAGUUUUGGAAAUAUGAUUUAUAAGGAGAAGCGAGAAUCGGUUAGUAAAGAAGAUCUAGCAAGAGCUACUUUAGUUACUAUCACCAAUAACAUUGGUUCUAUCGCACGAAUGUGUGCUGUUAAUGAGAAAAUAAACAGAGUUGUCUUUGUUGGCAACUUUUUACGUGUCAAUACCCUCUCAAUGAAACUUUUGGCAUAUGCACUGGAUUAUUGGUCAAAAGGUCAACUGAAAGCAUUGUUUCUAGAGCAUGAGGGCUACUUUGGAGCAGUUGGUGCACUUCUUGGGCUGCCAAAUUUCAGCUAAAGCUUCAGGUUUCCCUCUGCUGAUAAAUGUCAUCCAAGAGGAAGUGAAAACCAGAGGCAUUGUUACUGCGUUAUUUGUAACUGGGAACCAAAGGAUAAAAGAGUAGCACUAUUCCUGUUGACUUUUCAAUGUCAAAAUGGUAAGCUGCUAAAUGUUGCCAUAUUAAAAGAGAGAACUCUGUAAUGUGAAGUGUUUCUGAUUGAAAUGCUUUCCUUUCCGUAUAUAGCCAGUGUUAAGUCUUUAAAUGCAAUACAGCCUCUGAUUAUUGAGCUUCCUCUCAAAAAAGAUUUUCUAUUUUAUGUAGCCAGCAUUGCAGUACUGUACUCUCAAACACAAAUCUUAAAGUCUCAGAAAUGUUUAGCUCAUGAAGAUAAAUUGAUUCUGAAUGUUUUGUUACAAGUCUGUUCCAUGUGUGUUUUGGUUACUAGUAAGUGGACAGUAACAUACCCUGUAUCAAAACUUAUUGAAAUGGCAAUCAAAGAUGAUCAUUUUAAUGUGAUUUUAGAAAUGUUAAGACAAUAUUAAUUAUUCAUUAUUGUAAUUUUCCUAACAUAUACCCCCCCAAAAAAAGCAUGUUUAUGUGAUCUUUUUCCAGAAGUAUAACCUUUUUCAAAUGCCAUAAUUUAAUUGAAAUACUGUUAAACAUUAGCCUGAAUUUCAAAAGGAAUCCUAGAAAAUGCACAUAAGUGGUGACACUGCACUUUCUGUAUUUUGUGAGUUAAUAUAUUUUAAAAUGUUUAAUAUUUUUCAGUUGGAGGUUUAAUUACUUAUUUGAAAGUCUCUUCAAUGAGAUCCCAGGACUAUUCUAAUGGAAUAUGGUUUGCGUGCAUUCUAAGAAUUCCAGGCUCUUUCUACACCACAUUUAUCUCAGACCCAAACUUAGCCAUUUCUGUUUAACUAGGUCUAAACCAUCAAAGUGAAAGACUUUACUCUAUCAUGAACAGCAACAAAGUCACAUUUAUUCUAAAUGGGUGUUAUGGAAAUCUAGAUGAGUUGUUAGGAAAAUUUGUAGGAGUCUGAGGCAGCAUUGCAGAAUUAUAAAAGGAUCAGUGUUUCGUACAUUCUCGUAGUACAAGUGUUAUAGUUCCAAAAUUUGUAAAUCCUUUUGCCUCGGAAUUUGUUCUCUAUAUUGAACUCAUUUUGUAUGUUACAAGUUUUUUCAGAUUUUUACUUUGGCAGUAAUAUUUUGGAAGUCUAGUAGUUUGCCAAAGUUGUUCAAGACUGUUGCUUAUGGUUUAGGAAGUAGAGAGACUUGGGGGAAAAAAUAUUUGCCUCCUUAAAUCUUGGAUGUACCUUGAAGAGCUUAAAAUUUGUUUACAUUUCAAGAAGAAAGGAGUAUUCCUUGUGUUUUUACAGAACACAAUUUCGCUCCAUAGAGAACAAUUUCCAUAGACUGUCAAGAAGUGCUUGACCAAGACAUUGCUCCUUGUUCUCAGAUUUUGUGCUCAGAUACUUAAAGUUCAGUUUUCUUUAUCUAAACACAUAAAUAUAUGAAUAAUAGUGACUAUUUAGAGGGGAAAGCAUGUGAAGGUAAUUAUUUAGAAUUCAGAAUAUUUGGAACUUUGAAUUCAUGUCAAUCUGUUAGUCAUUUUGAAGACCUACAAUGAGUAAAUUUUUCUUACUUUAAUGUUUCCAUUGUAGUGACUAGGUAUUUCAGCCAAAAGCCACCUGUUCAGUUUAUUUUAAAAUUUUGUGAUUUGGGCAUUUGUACAAAAGUUUUUAUCUUUAAAUGAUGAUAACUUUAAGUUGCGUACCUGUGGCAAACCGUACAUUAGCAGCUAUAGGUUUGGGGCUGUAUUUAAGAAAGAAAAUGGAAUGGUCAAAGUCUAUAUAAGUUAAUUUGAUCAAUACUUCGGUUAAUUUGGGGCUUUCAUAUUUUUUGUCCUUUGAAACUGAAGAUACCUGCUAAUUUGUAUAAAGUGAACAACCAUCUCACCAGUGUUGGUCUUGGUUUUUCUCGAGUGUAAUCUAGACUCCCUGGAGUAAUAAGUAAGAACACAGAAUUGGGAUGAAGGCUGCCAAGAUUCUAGUUUUUGAUUAUGAUCUUAAGAAUAUCCUUGUAAGCAUGCAGUGGCAAAUAGGUUUGGUUCUAAUCCGAAUCAGCAUAAUGCCUCAAAGCUCUGUGCUCCUGAACAGUGCUGUCUUAAUGGAAGUAAAAUGUGAGCCAUGUGUAAUUUUACAUUUUCUAGUAGACACAUUUAAAAAGUCAAAAGAAACAGGUGAGAUUCAUUUUAAUUUUAUAUUUCUGUUUAACCCGGUAUAUCUGAUAGGUUAUCAUUUCAACAUAUAAUCAAUAUAAAAAGUCACUUAGGAGGUAUUUUACUUUGUUUUGUGCUUAGUCUUCAAAACCAGUGUAUGUUUUACUGUUACAGCAGAUCUCAACUUAGACUGACCACAUUUCAAGUUCUCAGUAGCCGCAUUUGGAUAGUGGCUGCUGUAUUAGUGCAGUUCUAGAACUAGCGCUUAAAAAUGAACACUAGCAUGUUUCCAUUAAAACUUUAUGAAUAUGGGCUUUUUAAAGACUGUUUGGGAGGGGGAAAUAUGGGACCCUUAUUUUUUAAAUACAGAAAGGGCGAUAAGCGGUAACUCAUUGGGGCUAGUUUAUUUUACACAGAUAAGCUGUAUUUCUGACCAUUCCACAAAUACCUUACAUUGCGUCCUGCCAUCUCAUCUUAGUGUGUAUCAUUUUUCCAGUGACACUGAUGAGGUUGCCCAAGGCAUAUCCCUGACUGUCCUGAGCAGUCUCCAAAAUGUAUAUCGCCUUCUCAGAGGCAAAAUCAAGGAUUCCAGUGACUUAAAUCCCUCCCCUCCCCCUCCUAAUUGAACUUUGAGGAGCCAAUUUUACAAAAUUAAAAAGAGAGCCUUUUAAUUCUUCACUGAGUUCUGUACACACAAGAGAAUCUUCUUUAUAGCUUUUAGAUUUAAUUUACAUUCUUAAGAACUGCUCAUAUUUUCACCUGAAGGAGCACUGUCAGUUUGUUUGGGGCUUGGUGACACAAGGUCUGGGGCCUUCUACCACCACUACUACCCCCCCAAAAAAGAUUACCCUUUUUUUCUUUUUUAAGCUUACUUUUAUUAUUAUUUUUUAAAUUUCUUUAAUUUUUUGAGGAAGAUUAGCCCCGAGCUAACAUCCACUGCCAAUCCUCCUCUUUUUGCUGAGGAAGACUGUCCCUGAGCUAACAUCCAUGCCCCAAAGACUGCCUUUUAACUAGAGACUUUCAGAACGAAUGGCCUCCAGCUCUUCACCCUCACUUCUCCAAAGGCAAAGUGUUAGACUGGCUUGCCUGUCGACAUGGGCAUUGCUUCUUUAACUACUCUAAUUUAAAUAGGUGAAUUCUUAGUUUAGGUAAAGUCAGUGCCAUUGCCAAUAAUAUACAUGGUAACUGGCAGUCCUUCUAGAGAUUCAGAUUAUUUGCCAAAUAUUAGACUCUGUAAAGAUUCCUGAGUUUUUUUACGUUUGUGUGCAAAUGCGAUUGCUGUAUUCUAAGUCCCAGUUCCUGAAAAUCCUUUUCUGUAAGACAAAUGAGCAGCUGAAAGGGAAAAGUUAUCCUCUAUGUUCAGCGGUACUCUUGCCUUCUAGGAGCAGUCCACCACAUCUUGCCUUGAUUUCUAAGGUUGAGUUCUUGGGUAGAAAGCUCAGCAAGGCAAUAGUUUCCAAAUGCCCUUUAUAACCACUCUGCUUGUUAAUAUGCAAAAUUUUUCAUGUUUUGUUUGGUGUAUUUUUUUCUGUUGAGCACUUUAUGCUUUUUAGUCUAUAUUGCAUUUGAGAAUGUAGAUUAGAAAUUCUUUCCCCUUUAAAGCCCUGUAAAAAACUGAUAAAGGAUAAUCACUAGAAAAUGAGUGUGCAUUAUUUUGCAUUUAACUUACUGUUUUGUGAUAGUAGAAACAAAAUUUUAGAAAUAUAUUGCCUUUUUGUAAUAAGACUCUUUGACGUUAUUUAAGAUGAUUUGCCAUGAAAUGUCAAUGAUGUCCUAUUUUCCCAAUAAGUUUAUUUUAAUAUGUUUUCUUCUACUACCGGAGGAAUUCAGCCAACUUGGUUUCUAUCAUCAGAUAAUCUCAGAAAAUAAUUUGCUUUAUCUAUCUUACUGCCUGUUUUCAAUAUUUGAGACACUAGUUUUCUUUUCUUAUAUUUUCUGCUGAGCCUAGUAAUCAGCAAAGACACAAAAAACGUAAUUUUUAAGCAGUUCUUACUGUUUGCAUUCUCUCUCUUGUGUAUUCAGUGGACAUGGGAUCAUAAUUUGGUAUUGUAUUAGAAAUAGUGCCAGCCACUGGUCUAACUUCUUUGAAUGUUAUUUUCUUUAUUUGUGAAAUGAGCGAAUUGAUUUGUUAAAAUGGGAAACGACUCAGUUCUCAGGACCCUCAGAAAGACAGUUAGUUGCUCCAUUCAUAGCAGCAUUUGAAAUGACAGACGAUUUGUUCUGGUAUUUGGCGUUAAUUUUUUUUGUAUAUGUUGAUAGGUUCUAGAUUUUGGAUUCUCACCAAACCAGUAUGAUGGCAUCAGUUAUUCUCUCAUAAUGUUAUGUUAUUGAGUGUAAUGUCUGAAUAAGAAUACCUUGAAAUAAUAUGAAGGGUUAUAUAUAUAUUAAAGUGUAUGUGUGUGUGUCUGAAAUUUUUUGUUAACUUUAAAAUUAUAUGGGCAUUAUUAUAACUUUUCCUUUGUACAAAAACAUCCCACUAAAUUCAUAGAUGUUUGAAUAUUCAAUAUAUUUGGGAUUUUUUUUUAGUGACCCUUUUCUGCAAGCUGUUACUUAAUUUCUGAUCAUUGUGAGUGGGGACAGAUGUGGGAUAAACUCUUCUGGGAUUAUUUAUUGCUUUUGUUAAACACAAUUCAUAGGGAAAUUUAUGAAAAACAUUUGUAAUUACGUGGAGGUGAAUUGAAAUAUCUUGGCUUACAAUCAUCCACAUCAAAUAUGAUGAAGAACUAAAAUGCUUUUAUCCUUAGGAUUGUCUGAGAAUAAUCAGAUUGGACAUAUGUCUGACAUUCCCAGUUUACUGUUUAAAAUAAACGUAGCAGUGAGUUGGUACUGGGACCUCACAUUCUACAGUUAGUGCUGAAUGAUGUGUUUGAGGGAAAGUUGAUUUUUUUUUUUUUAAAGGAAAAAGUCCAAAAGAUCUUUAUAUUCUGGCUCUUUCUGUAGACAAAAGGUUAUUUUUCUUUUAGAUUUUCACUCUUUUUUGCUGCAGCUGUCACUAAUUUUGUGUUUAUAAGAACUAAUGAGGAAUGUCUUUUUCAGAGAAGUGAAUGAAGUUAAAAUUCAGGAGUUUGAAUUGUAUAAAUUUGCAACUAAAUUUCCAUUCUAAGAUACUGCUGAUAUUUUUUUUUUUUGCUAUUUCUUAACAUCUUUUAUACACUGCAGUGCUCUCAGUUCCAAUAGCUUUCAGAGAGAACAUUCCAGCUUUUACAUGGUUUGUAAAGUAUGCAUAAAUAAUACAAAUAGUUUGAGAGUAUUUUAGCAUUACCCUCUAACUCUGAAUUACGGAUAUCAUACUUGCCACAGUCAGUAGUUGUUGCAGAUAUUAAGCCAUUUUGAAAUUUACCACUUUUUCUGAGGUGCCCUGUUUUAGUUUACAACAUUUAGAAACAAAAGAUUAUAGACCUAACAUCAAUAUCCUAGUCACUUUGUCCCAAAUAUAAUUAAUGGAAUUAGGAUGUAAGUCAUGUUAAGAUGGUUUUAUCAUUUUUUUAUACAUUGUGUUUUCACUUUUUAUUUGAACUAGGGUGAAACUUUGACUUUUUAACUGAAGUUGGAGUUUUAAUUCUGCCCAGUUAUUGACCAAAUCAUACCAAGAUGUUUGUGUGUGUUUUUACUUAUACAAGCCAUUUCAGUUUGAGUUGCCUUAUUCUCUCUAUUGCAUUGUUCUUAUCAAGUCUAAGCUUUGUCAUGUUGGAAUUAUUCUAACACUGAAUCUGUGAUGUAAAAAUGUAUGAUGUGCUACAAAUUUUAUUCAUAAUAAUCUAAGUUAUAGCCUAUUGUAACCUAUAAAACAUUUCUUGUAAAUUGUCUAAUUUAUUUUUUCAUUUAUGUACAGUUUCUUUUGUAAAUUUUUAAAAUAUUUGUUGUGGCCUGUUCUUUAACAUUCAAAUACUCUUUUCCUUAAUGCUUACUUGCAUGAAAAAAGAAGUUCUGUUUUGCUUGUUUGUAUCGUAUGGCCAUUAAGCCAAUUUCAGUACUCUGCUUUUUCUGUAGUUUAAUUUUUUUCUAGUUUUGUUCCUAUUCUAAAUAAAUGUUAAAAUCUUGCUUUUUAUGUCCUACUUUCCAAAUAAAUUCUCUAAGUUGUUUA